AUGCCCAUUUACUUGUUUCCUUUCUCCAACCCUCUUUUUGUUUUCUAAAGGUGUCAAAGCUACAUAGAACAAAAUCUAACAAGUGUCUCAGAAUUCUUCCUCACGGGACUCUCAGAUAAUCCAGGACUGCAGCCCCUCCUGUUUGGGCUCUUCCUGUCCAUGUACCUGGUCAGUGUGCUUGGAAACCUGCUCAUCAUCCUGGUUGUCAGUUCUGACUCUCACCUCCACACCCCCAUGUACUUCUUCCUCUCCAACCUGUCCUUGGCUGACAUCGGAUUCAUCUCCACCACUGUCCCUAAGAUGAUUGUGGACAUCCAAACUCAGAGCAGAGUCAUCUCCUAUGUGGGCUGCCUGACUCAGAUGUCUUUUUUGAUCCUUUUUGGAUGUAUGGAUGGUAUGUUUCUGACUGCAAUGGCAUAUGACCGAUUUGUGGCCAUCUGUCAUCCUCUACACUACUCAGUCAUCAUGAACCCACAUCUCUGUGGCUUCUUAGUUUUGGUGUCCUUUUGUGUUAGCCUUUUGGACUCCCAGUUGCACAAUUUAAUCGUGUUGCAACUUACCUGUUUCAAGGAUGUGGAAAUUUCUAAUUUCUUCUGUGACCCUUCUCAACUCCUCAACCUUGCCUGCUCUGACACUUUCACCAAUAACGUAGUCAUGUAUUUUGUUGGUGCCAUCUCUGGCUUUCUCCCUAUCUCAGGGAUCUUUUUCUCUUACUAUAAAAUUGUUUCUUCCAUUCUGAGAAUCCCAUCAACAGGUGGGAAGUACAAAGCCUUCUCCACCUGUGGCUCUCACCUGUCAGUUGUUUGCUUAUUUUAUGGAACGGCUAUUGGAGUAUACCUUGGAUCAGCACUGUUGCCUUCUCCCAGGAAGGAUAUGGUGGCCUCAGUUGUGUACACCGUAGUCACCCCCAUGCUGAACCCCUUCAUUUACAGCUUGAGGAACAGGGACAUCAAGAGUGCCCUAUGGAGGUCACUCAGAAGAAUAGGUUAA